AUGGCAAAGCAGAGCUUCGAAGAAGAUGAUGGAGAAAAAGUUUUGGGGAAAAGAUGUAACGAUUAUGAAAGGAUCGCCGUUUCAAAUAUGGAGAACGGAUCCCGCUGUUCGCUGGCAAAAUUUAUCCUUCGUAUGAUAGCUGCUCCACUUUCCCAUACUUCAAACUGCCUUUCUGCCCUCCAGGAUGUAAGAGUGAAUUUUAGAAAUAAAGAUAUUGAUGCUUACUACAUAUAUGAUGCCACAUAUAGCUCUCCAGUAACAAAUUGGACAUUCCUGGAAGAGAUUUUGGAGGGCGACUGCUUCACCAAUACUCAAUACCAGCUAAACUUUAAAGUUGACAAAAUUGAAGAAACACUAUGUGAGAAGAAGCUGACAUCUGAUGAUGUUGCAAUGUUUAGGAAAGCAAUCCAUAACGAAUUUGUUUUUGAGAUGUUCUACAACAACAUUCGUAUGCAAUGGCUUGUAGGGGAGGUUGGAGUAGAGAGUGAGAAUUCUUCAAAUAUUAGGUAUUAUCUUGUCAAACAUAUUCAUUUCUAUGCCAAUUCCAUUGGGGAUCGAGUAAAGAACAUUCUAGUCAUGGGUGAACUCAGUUCUGCUGUUGAUAUAACUGAAGAUUCUGGUAGGACAGUGAAAUUCACGUAUUCUGUCUCCUGGAAUAAACGCAAAUAUACUGACGAGAGCCCUGUAAAGCAAGAAAAAGAUAUUUCCUUUUUGAUAUUCAUAUUUCUCAUUUGCGUAUGGAUUGGAAUGCUCACGAUCAUAAUUGUCCCAUACUAUAGAAGUUACCUCAAAAGGGAUUUGAGGCGAACUCAUGGUCAUAGAUGCAGAUGUCCUCGAUUCACAUCCUUGCUUGGUGCCAUCCUGGGAACCGGCAUUCAGCUAUUCAUUUUAUGCUGCACCUUAUUCAUACUGGCAUAUGUUGGAUUUGUUGGGCGCUGCAAUCAAUUUACUAUGAUUAGAUCGACUCUCAUGGUACAUGGAAUGGCAUUUGUGGUUUCUGGAUAUGUGGCAACUGCAUUUCACACAAAUUACAGGGAAACUGGAAUUGGAUGGAAAGAAUGUCUUUUCCAGACUGGCUGCAUUUGCCUUGCCCCAGUCUGCUUGACAUUCAUAUUCACGAAUUCAGUAUCAAAAUUAGUAUUCGGGGUCAUUGAUACAGAUAUUGGCGCCAUGGCUCCAACUUUUUUCAUAUGGGCGGCUGGUUCAUUUUCAUCUCUAGUUUAUGCUGGGAGGAGCGGAUAUAAGGACUUUAGAUCCGUACCUCCAUUGCCUUGUGCUACCAGCAGAGUCCAAGGGGUGGCUCAUCCGGGAUCUGGACACCAUAUAUCGAAGCCUAUUGAACCUCAGGGUCUGUGGUUCAUUCACCCUCCUGUUGACAACCUUCAUUUUGCUCAUUCUAGCGACUAUUCUGGUGGCCAUUAUUUUCACACAGAUUCAAUUUUGCAAGCUGCAAGACGAGGACUGGUGGUGGAGAUUGUCUCCCCAAGUUUACUAUUUGAAACAACAGAGAUCGAAAUCUCCUGUUUUUAUCUUCGCAGGUCGAUCUUCCGUGGGGGCUCAACUGCAAUCUUCUUGUUUAUGUACGGCAUAUACUUCCAUGCAGAAGUAUUGAAUAUGCCCAUUAACACCUUGAAGCUGUUCAUGUUCAUGUGCUACGAUGCUUGCUUCUUCUAUGCUUUGUUCCUGAUGCUUGGAACCGUUGGCUUCUGCUCCUCUUACCUCGUCCAUCGCGAGAGACAGAAGGCAGUCCACGAGCAUGACAGCUGA